AAAGUGGGUGUGCCAGACAGCUUCUAUGGGCUCUUUAAGAGGAGGCUUUCCCACUGUCUGACUGCAGUCCCACAGGAGACAGCUAGUUCAAAAGACGUGAUACCUCUUUACAUCGCGGGUAACAACAACAAGCCUCAGCCAUGGCUCGUCUGGAUCAGGUCAUCACAAACAUAGUGGAUAUAUUUAUGGAGUAUGCUGAUGAUGAAGGCAAGAAACGCCAGCUCAACAAAGAGGAGCUCCAGAAGGUGUUGGAGAAAGAAAUACAAAGCCAGGAGUUAAAAGAUAAAAUUAAUGCAAAUGACAUCGAGGAGGCCAUGGAGAUGCUGGAUAAAAAUCACGAUGGCGAGGUUAACUUCCGAGAGUUUUGUCGGUGUGUGUGUGACCUCGCCAAGUGCUACUAUCAAAAGAAGACCGGCAAGAGUUGCAAGAAAGGUAAAGGCAAGGGGCAGGAAGGUGUAGAGGAACCCUAAAGAAGAUUGACAACAAACCUUUAAAAUAGCUCUUUGCUGUAUUAAAAAAUAGCUCAUUCAUAUAGUGAAUGUGAGACUGCUGAUGGUACCUGUAUUACACUAAUAUUUGUGUCUUGAACCUGCAUGCAAAGUGUAAAAUUCAUUAUAUUUCUAUAUGUAAAGUGUUUUUUUUGAAGAACUUUACAUUCAUUACUUUCUGAAAUAAAUAUAAUCCACACCUCACA